ACGUGGUUUUGCGGUUAUAGUUUUGAAAAUCGUAAUUUUGACGUAAAUAAAGCUUGUAAUUAUUGAAAUUUUCCUGCGGUUCAUUUAAUUUUUUAUAAAUAAUUUAAAAAAUUACACAAAUCAUUUUUGUAAUGCAGAUUUGAUUAAAAUGUUGAUAAAAUUAAAUCUCUAGGAAUUCCAAGGUAAAAUUUAAUAAUUCUCAAGAAAUGACACUUACAUCUGGCUCAGAAUCUUCAGAUGUCAUAGAAAAUAUAUAUCCAGUGGUCGCUGACAGUCCGAGGUCUCCUGAAAAACAAGUCAAAAAGCCUCAUCAUUGCGACUUUGCUGGAUGUAAAGCACAAUUUUCUCGCCCUUGGAGGCUUCAGGCACACAAAGCUGUACAUUUGGGCAAAAGACCCUUUCCAUGUGACUUUGAAAAUUGUGAUAAGUCAUACACCUCAAAUUAUCACUUGAGAAGGCACAAAGUAACUUCUCAUAAAAUAAAAAAUAUUAUCUCCGUAUUGAUUAAAUGUCGCCAUCCAGGUUGCCCGAAAGAAUUUAAAACAUCUCAGUUUGAAAAGAAGCAUUUUACAAGAACACAUGAAGAAAAAACUUGUAAAAUUUGUGGUGUAAGCUUUUUUAAACGUAACCAACUAAGGAAACACCUUUUCGUACACUCAAUAGAUCAUCCAUAUUUUUGUAAUGAGUGCAAUACAGGAUUCGAUCAUCUAUUCUUAUUAAAACGCCAUCAAAGAGGACAUGCAUUACAUCUUUGCCCUGUAAAAACAUGUAUCGAAACAUUUAAAAACUGGUCGAGUCUAAGAAAGCAUUUGAAAUUACAUCCUUAUGAUUAUGUUUGUGGAUAUUGUAAGAAAGGUUACCGAAACAAAAAGUUUUUGAAGGCACAUGUCAUUCGACAUAUGAACAAAACAUUAAGGAAGCAGUCAGAACUGAAGAAGUUUUCAUGCAAUCUCUGCCAGGCUACUCUUCUGGGCAAAGCUUCACUUAGACGACACAUAAGGAAAUUACAUGAAAACCCACCAGAUAUUAAAAAAGUUCCCUCAAGUUCUAAUAAGCCAAGAGCACCCCGAAAGGAUAAGGGUAUUCCCAAAAAAUCCUUCGCAAGUGUUCUAUCAACAUUAAUAGUGCCAAAGAUAAUUGAUGACAAACUAAUUAAAGGAGAACCCACAGAAGAAGUUGUAAGGAUUUUAAAUGAAGCUGAAAUGUGAUUAGAAUGAAGGAUAAAUUUGUUUUCUUUCAACUUCAAUUUUUUGUCUCAUAUUCUGUUUACUAUUGAAUUUUUUAUUAUUAUUAUAAUGUUGUAUAUUUCAGUAUUUCUUAUAUUAUUUUAAUUGUUUUUAAUAUAAGAUUGAUAUUUAAUUUUCUUAUGUUUAAAAAUAAAAUUGUUAUAAUUUUUA